AGUUGCAAAGAGAGGGACUGGACUGGCUGUAACCAUCUUUGGUGAUUUUGAGACAAGUGACAACAAAGAGUAAUGAGAAGAAUAGACAAGGGUGCUGGUGAGACACCCUCAACCACAAGGACUUUAGCAAACAAUAUGCUGGCACAGGAUCCAGCUCUCCCACCAGCAAAAGCACAACAGCAGUAUCAGCAACAGCAGCAACAACAGUAUCUUAGUAGUAGUUGUAGCAAUAGUAACAAAUUACAAACAUAUCAAGAAAAUGUUAACAAUGAAAUGUCCUUGAAAGAUUCCACAAAAAUGUUGACAACGACAACACCAACACAAUUUGCCACAACGAACAACAAUAAGCAGCAACAACAACUACAAAUGUCAACUGCACAACAUACAACAAAAGCUGGAGCAGCAGCACCUGCUGCUGCAGUAGCUACAACACAACAAACUAGUCGCCUUGAAGGACUUAAUCAUACAAAUAAAAGUCCCUCAAACAAAAACACAAAAAACCUUCAACAGCAUCAUCAACAUCAGCAGCAGCAGCAACAGCUCAACACUGAAGUGUAUAAAAAAUGUCCUGUAGUAAUAAACAGCAAAUCUUCCUCAACAAUAGCAUCGGCAGUCACAACAAAACAACCUCCUUCAUUCCAUAUAAAAUCUUUAACCAGCUCUUCAUUCUUUACAUCAGCAACAUGCCCCUCUUCCUCCUCAUCCAGCAAUACAACAUCAUCCUCCACAACAGGAACCACAAAAACAUCAAUAUCAUUAUUAAAUUUAUUUUUUUACAUCAUGUGCGUCACAUCGUUGGGCUUCUCCUUGUACUGCAGCGUACGACAAACGCAUACGGAGCGUACAUUACGACAUUUAAGGGAAUUCGAUGAACGUCUAAUGGAUCUGGAGAUGCAAUUACAAAUGCAACAGCAGCAAUUGCACCAUGUUAGCCAUACACUGACACAAACUCAACAGCAACUACAACAGGCAACAUACAACAGCAAUAACAGCAACAACAACAACCACAAUGACGAAGAGGACGAUGAUGUUGUUGAGAAUGAUGGUGAUGAUGAUGAUGAAAUGGAUACCACGGAUAUGGAUUAUACCUCUCGAGCCCUGGCUGCCGGAGGUAAUUUGAAUAUUUUACAUUUGAAAGAUGCCAAAGAUGUUACACAAGCUGUUCGUUUAUUAACACGGCAAGUGGGUGAAUUACAUCGUCUUAGACGUGAUGUUUCCCAACUACAAUUGAGUCGUCGCCAACAGCAUCGUCGUCAGACGGGUUUGGGUGGCGGCAAUGGUUCCAGUUCUCACGAACGUUUAGGCAAUGCAGCUGGUUUGGGUGGUGCCGGUAAUUUCCAAGAGUGCGGUUGUCAACCAGGUCCACCAGGUCCACCUGGACCACCAGGCAAACGGGGGAAACGUGGUAAGAAAGGAGAUCAAGGCGAUAGAGGAGAUCCAGGAAAUAAUGGUAUAAAUGGCGAGAAAGGUGCUCCCGGACGGCCCGGUGAUAAGGGUUCCAAGGGUGAUGUAGGACAUCCAGGCAUUGAUGUUUUCCAAACAGUUAAGGGUCUUAAAAGAUCGGUAACGACUUUACAUGGCGGUACCUUAGGUUAUGCUGAAAUAGUAGCUGUUAAGGGAGAGCCCGGCGAACCAGGUCCCCCAGGACCGCCAGGUCCUCCUGGUGAUCUAGGUGCAGCUGGAACAAAUGGCGAAAGAGGACCACCCGGCGAAACAGGACCACCUGGACCAGCGGGGCCAACCGGAGAACCGGGUCCAAUGGGACCAUCUGGAGCACCAGGACCCGCAGGAUUAAAGGGUGACAAAGGAGACCGCGGUGAUCGUGGUCUUACCACAACCAUCAAAGGUGACGAAUUUCCAACCGGCAUUAUUGAAGGUCCACCCGGACCUCCAGGACCACCAGGAUCACCUGGUACACCUGGAGAAAAGGGCGAUACAGGACCAGCUGGUCCACCAGGACCGCCAGGCGAAAAGGGACCCCGAGGCAAGAGAGGCAAAAGGAUAUUUGGACCAGGCGGUGCUAAAGAUGAAGAUUAUGAUGAUCCUCCGGUAACGUUGUUAAGAGGACCUCCAGGUCCACCUGGAAACCCCGGCAAGGAUGGUCGCGAUGGCAGAGACGGUUUGAAGGGUGAUGCUGGUGAACCCGGUGAGCCCGGCUCGUUAGGUCCCCGUGGUUUGGAUGGUUUACCAGGCGAGCCUGGCAUAGAAGGACCUCCUGGUUUACCCGGCUAUCAAGGACCUCCCGGUGAAAAAGGUGAUCGAGGAGAUAUUGGUCCUCCUGGUCUAAUGGGUCCUCCAGGUUUACCCGGACCCCCAGGAUAUCCAGGUGUUAAGGGUGACAAGGGAGAUCGUGGUGACUCAAAGUACAGAAAAAUGCGUAGACGUCAAGAUCAAGAUGGUAUGUCAGAUGCUCCACAUAUGCCCACUAUUGAAUAUCUUUAUGGUCCUCCUGGACCUCCUGGUCCCAUGGGUCCUCCUGGCCAUCCUGGUCAGACAGGCGAAAGAGGAUUAGAUGGUCGUAAGGGAGAUACUGGCGAGAAGGGACUAAAGGGUGAUCAAGGACCAAUGGGUUUACCGGGUCCUAUGGGUAUGCGCGGUGAUUCUGGACCUAUGGGUCCUUCCGGCAAAGCUGGUUUACCGGGACCACCUGGUUUGGAUGGCAUGAAGGGAGCUCAGGGAGAAACUGGUUUAAAGGGUGAAAGAGGAGAUCCUGGUCUACCGGGUACUGAUGGUAUACCCGGUCAAGAAGGUCCUAGAGGUGAAAAAGGUUCUAGAGGUGAUCCAGGACCACCGGGCAAGAGAGGACGUAAAGGUGAUCGUGGUGAUAAAGGUGAACAGGGAGUGCCGGGAUUAGAUGCUCCCUGUCCCUUGGGAUCCGAUGGUUUACCAUUACCAGGCUGUGGUUGGCGGCCACCAAAGGAUAAUUGGCAAGAAUGGCUUAGGAAUGAAAUUAAAGUAGUAGUCAAAACUUUGCCAAAAAAUGGUCGCCGGUAGAUGAUGUUGUUGUCUUAUAGCCCAUCCCCCCGAUAUACAAAACUCCCUUAAAGCUUUCCUAUGUAGCUUAUGGUAGUUAAUUAUGAAAUUUUUAAAAUGCAGCAUUAAAAAGCCCUCAAAAUAAUUAAUAAAUCUUUGCAAUAUUUUCUAAUAAUAUAAAUAUACUCUAAUAUUUUAACUAAUAUACAAUAUAUAUAAUUUUUACCAUUUAGAAAAAUU